GAAAGGUUGCCGUGCGGAUCGCCGGUUACUCGUCUGGGAGAAUUCGCCGACCCUUCAGGUCAGCCCGUCCGGUACAGGAACGAGGGAAGAAUGGUACUUCUCUCGUCUGGGACCCAACUUUUGGAGAAUCUUUGACAACCAUGGGGAACCCCUUCCGCAAAGGACGGUCAUGGAGAAGACGGACGGCCGGACGGACGGACGGACAGACGAACAGCUGCCUUACGACAAAAUGGUCAUGUGAGAGCACGAAAAGGGUGCGGCAAACCGCACCUCCGCAUCUUUAUGGCGGGGGCUCGGAUUGGCUAUGGUGGACUCGAAUCCGUCUCGCGAAGCCAAGUGGAAAAGCGUUCGCGAGACGGAGGUGCAGCAGGCAUCUGCAACAUUUAAGAGAUCAUGGUCCGCUUCGACUUCGCCUCGCAGGAAGAAAAUCUGUGAGCAGUAUGUCCGUAUCGAUGCCAAUCUUGCCGCAUCGCAUCGCAAAUGCGGGUGGCGAACUGCGUCCUCACGGGCAUUCGGCCAUGCAGUUUAGAGAGAGAGAGAGGCACGGGAGAUAUAAUGCACUGAUGUGUCCCACGAGCCUCGUGAGAGGUGGCUCCAAGCGUUGUCCUCCGAAUUACCACAGAUCCAGGUCAACGACGGUAUGAUGGCAGGGCAAACUGUAUGCAUGAGCUGUUUUUCAUGACUUGCUUCACGUCGUUUGCUCUCUGUCCACCCCCCGCGGCCCAACGUUCACAAAUCGUAUCAUCUUCAUCUUCUUCUCCUUCUUCUCUUCCUCUUCUUCUUCUUGACCGGCUGCGUUCUUCACUCGGACCAGCUGGCAGCCCGAGUCCGGUACAUUCCAUCCAUCUUUCGAAAAAUGAAAUUUAAAUGAGAUUUCAUGCAUGAACGGUGAAAUCUUCUCCGAACUAAGCCGAACGCCCCUGCUGAACCUUUCGAAUCUCCUCGGCAAGUGGCUUCAGAUAGCACCUCUUGCUGCUCAGCCGGGGAGCAGCAAAGUGUGCUCGACUUCUGAUACUUUCGGGAUGACAUUUUGUGAGAUUCUUUCUCCCGGUCACAUGACGAGACAUUCAAAUGAAACUUGCACUCCUCGACUCUCUCUCUCGCUUGGUCUUUCGGUGCCCGUCUUUCCGCAGUUUUUCAUUGCAGGUGGCGGAUCUUCUCCCCCCACGAAUGGCAGGAGGCGAUUCUUGACUCGUAGCCGGCCCAGCUCUUCUAAACGAACAUGCCUUUUGCAUCUUUCUUUGUGCGACUUUUCGAUGUCGAAUUUGUUUGCUUUGUUUAGCAUUUAGCUUUACCGACUACAGUUGAGUCCCAAUUAGGUUCCUUCUUUAAAAAACUUAUUCUGUUUCCUAUAGUGAGACACUACAAGAGACGACCUACACUCUGCAUCAUUCGUGUAUAUCUUUCUGAUAAGCUUUCCUUGCUUUAUUAUAUUUCUGAACGGAAAGUCAAGAUUGUGUAAUAAUAACUUGAGCCAACAGUCUCAUGUGAAGCUGGGUUUGUUGACGGAAAGUGAAGUGGUUUUAAUUUGAAGCCAUGAUUCCUGAAGUUUGCUCUUUUCCACGGGAAAUCCUUACAUGUUGUUUAAAGAAAGACAAGCACAAGACAAAUUUCGGAAUCUCUUUGGAAGAAAUUCAGCCGAUAGGUAUCAAACUACUUGAAUCGGUUCUGUACCGCACUUCUUAUCCACAAGUAGUUACAGAUGGUGGGGAGAAAAUCUAGAUAUGCUCGACGAUCAUGUUCGAAGAGAUUUCACUCAUCAAGGCAAGACCAACUUCAAGCGUUUUUUAUGAUUGUCACGUUCCUUCAUUCCUUACUACUGCAUCGACUUUGUUCUCUACGAUCUUUCAGACAGAAGAGGAUGCUGCUUAGCUAGGCUGGUAUUCAAUCGUCUUCAACAAAGUUUAUCUUGCUUUGUUACCUGAGGAGCCAAAUUUUCUAGUUUCCUUCCAUUUUCUUUCAAUUGAAUAUAAGUUCUCAGUCGAGGCAUUUAUGCUCACAUCUUAUCUGUAUAUCUUCAACGUUAGGUGGGGCUGAUUGUGAAGGUGUGUCGACGUUGUCAGAAGGGAUUGGAGUUCCUAUGAAACCUGAUAGAUUCUACAGUAGCAGGUAAACAUGCUGCCAGACUUUUUGUUGAGAGCCAUCUACGGUGUAGGAACCUUUUGC